AUGAAUUUACUGAUGGACAGAGACGAGGAAAUUGGAGAGGAACCUAAGCCUUUGGAUCAGUACAUACGGGAGGGGUUGAAUCAGCUACACCAGGAACAGCUCCUCUGUGAUGCAACCAUUGUGGCCAAAGGUGAACGGUUUCCCUGUCACAGGAUGCUCCUUGCUGCCAUCAACCCGUACUUCCGAGCUAUGUUCUCCAGCUCCUUCCGAGAGUCGCAGGAUGGAGAGGUGCUGCUGCAAGACAUGGAUCCCUCCAUUGUCCAAACUGUGGUGAACUACUACUACACGGAGGAGAUUGCACUCAUGCCAGAGAUGGCCCAAGACCUCUUUGUAGCAGCCAGCAGGCUCCAGAUCCUCCCACUUUUAGAGAGCUGCUCCAGAUUCCUCUUGGAACACAUUUCCUCAGAGAACUGCCUUAGUCUCUAUGAACUGGGCUAUGCGCACAGCGAUCCUGCCCUCUUCCAAGAAGCCAAGAGCCUGGUCAACCUGCAUUUCAAGCGCCUCUCAGCCGAGGACAAAAGCUUCCUUGACUUGAACCCCAGCACCCUGAUCAGCAUUCUCUCCUUGGACAGCCUGGUCAUCUCUUCGGAGCUUGUCAUCUACCGCGCCGUGUGGCGCUGGGUGAUGGCCCAGAGCGCCAGCCGCCUCUCAUUCCUUGGGCAGCUGCUGACAUACGUCCGCCUCCCUCUCCUUACCCAGGAGGAGCUGAGGGAGGUCCAGUCUGAAAUGACGCGCUACAGAGACCUGCAUCUGCGGUGGAAACGCCUCAACCGGCAAGAGAGGCUACAGCAGAGCCAAGGCCUGAGGAGGGGGAUGUACGCCAGUUGCAUCAUCUGUGUGGAUCUCUUCAACAUGGAAGGCCCAGAGCUGAAGACAAAGGAUUUCCAGGUAGGCUGUUACGACCCCCAGAUGGAAAUGUGGGAAAAGCUCCCCCUAUUGAAAUGCCUGUACUGCGCUCGUUGCGUGGCCGUCGGAGACAAGCUGUAUGUCACAGGAGGGGUUCACACGGAUGACUCGUACUCAGACACGAUGCAUGAGUACAGCCCAUUAAGGGGCCGCUGGACCCAGCUCCCUUCCAUGUCCGUGGCCCGGGCAUCCCAUGGGUUUCUCACAUGCAACCAAAAGCUCUUUGCCGUUGGGGGCUGGUGCAAGUACGAGGAUUACCUUGACACGGCUGAAAGCUUUGACUUGGUGGAGAAGUCCUGGGCUCCGAUUGCCAGAAUGCCAUUUGCUCUCAGUCAUUUUGCCUCCACGGUGCUGAAGAACAAGCUCUACCUGGUUGGCGGCGUCACUGAUUCCGUGGGCUCGUGGUAUGCCUCCCGAAAGGUCCUGAUUUAUGAAGUGAGCUCCGGCCUCUGGAGUCAAGUGUUUCUGGACAACGAGUGCUACUGGUCUGGUGCUGUGGCCAUGAACAAUGGGAUCUACGUGAUCGGGGGCUACUUCCGGAGUCGAGUGAGGCGUCACAAUGAGCGGUGGCCUGACUCGGGAAACAUGCACUGCACCCGGAAAUGCUUCUUCCUAGGGGAGGAUGGCCGGGUUGACAAGAGCAUCACUAUCCCCAGGCUGCCAAUAGAGUUGGCGGGAGCUGGCGUGGUGCGCUGGAAGCACCGGAUUUAUGUGCUGGGUGGAGAAAAUACUUAUUUGUAUAACAACCUGGAAGGAGAAAAUGAAGAAGAAUAUUACAACACUGUUUACUACUGGGAACCGGGGGCCACCAAGUGGGUGCUGUGCCACGAUAGGCUGCCUUUCACCAGCUGGGGACUCAGCGGCUUUGGCUGCACAACGAUGAAGGUCCCCAAAAAGCCCAUCCUGGAACUUUUCCGAAAGACAUCAGUUGCCCUGACAGCCAUAGAGGUGGUGAACACUUAG